AUGGUCAAGACUUCCGUCCUCAACGAUGCGCUCAACGCCAUCAACAACGCUGAGAAGGCUGGCAAGCGCCAGGUCCUGAUCCGUCCUUCCUCCAAGGUCAUCGUCAAGUUCCUCACUGUCAUGCAGCGUCACGGUUACAUUGGCGAGUUCGAGGAGGUCGACGACCACCGCAACGGCAAGAUCGUCAUCCAGCUCAACGGCCGCAUCAACAAGACCGGUGUCAUCUCCCCCCGCUACAACGUCCAGCUCCGCGACAUGGAGAAGUGGGUCGUCAAGCUACUUCCCUCGCGUCAAUUCGGUUACAUCGUCCUGACCACCUCCGCUGGUAUCAUGGACCACGAGGAGGCCCGCAGGAAGCACGUUGCUGGCAAGAUUCUUGGUUUCUUCUACUAG